AUGCAGCUGGUGACUGCCUGGGAGAGGGUGCUGGUCCCCGUCCAGAGUGUUUUUCCCCAAACUCUUUCAGGAAAGCCCAAGGUGUACCAAGGUGUCAGAGUAAAGAUUACAGUGAAGGAGUUACUGCAGCAGAGAAGAGCACGACAGGCAGCAACUGGUUCGGCAGUUUCUUGGGGUAGCAGCAGCAGCAGCAUCCAGUUCUCAGAGUCUGUGUCUCCGCCUCACCCAGCCCCUUUUGAUGCAGAGCCCAUCUCUUCUGUUCCCAACUGCUGUCCCUCCUGGCAGUUUUCCAACUGCCUCUCCUGUGAGGAAAGCCCCAGCUACUUGGAGCAGCUGAUAGAUUCCUGUCUGCAGUCGGAUGCGCCCUCGGAGCCAGCCUGCAGUGCCUUCCAGCCAUCACACUACACCCCAGACACCUUCCAGCCGGUCCCUCUCUGCUUUAACCAGGGCCUGCCCUGGGACAGCAGGGUCCCCCAGUGCUUCCCCUGCCCCAGCACGGACUGCCUGGACUACCUGCCCCCCCUGGCCAUGGCCGAGGACUUCUUCAGGAGGGACAGGAGCUGGGACAUCUGCUACAGCUAA